AUGGCAGCGUCAAAAGUGGCGCCGACGGCACACGACGAACUGCGAGCUCUCCUGCGUCUGGCGGCGCCGGCGUUUGUGUCCACGAUCAGCUUCUUUGCACUCACGAUGCUGGAAAUGAUCUUUGCAGGGCACCUCGGCACGGCUGAAAUGACCGCCGUCGCAUUCUCGCAAAUCGUGUUCGACUUCACCAUCAUCGUGUUUACCCAAGGCUUCAACAAAGGCCUCAACGCACUGGGGUCGCAAGCGUUUGGGGCCAAGAACUUGUUGCUGCUCGGUCGAUACGCCCAAAUGGGCUGCCUGGGCGUGACCGUCGUGACGUUGCCGUUGGCAUUCUCGUGGUGGUUUGUCGGCGAUCUCCUGCGCUUGUUCGGCGUGUCUCCCGCCAGUGUCGUCUUGGCCCAACAGUACUCGAAGCUGUCCACGUUGUGGCUGUGGCCGCGCCUGAUCUACCAGUAUCUGACUGUGUACUUUAACUCGCAGCAGAUCGUGUUGCCCACGGCGAUCGUGUCGGUGUCGUUCGUGGUUGUGCACGUGGGUAUGAAUGUGCUGGUGGUGUUUGGUGUGCCGUCGUGGGGAUGGGCGGGGUUGGGGUUUGCGGGGUUGCCCAUCGUCAUGUGCAUUACCAUGUACGGUCGGCUGGGGGUGUACUUGCUGUACAUGAUGUGGUACCGCCAGCACCAUGCAAAGUCGUGGGUGUGGAACUUGGAGUUUUGUCAAGCCAAGUACAUUAUCCCCCAGGUUCGCGUGGGGCUUCCAUUGGCAGUUGGGCAAGUGUUUGAGAACUCGCAGCUGCAAACGAUGGCGCUGUUGGCGUCGUCCAUGGGCGAAGUGUCGCUGGACUCGCACAAUUCGAUGAUCGUAUUGGUAUUCUUUCUCACGAGCCCCAUUUACGGUCUGGGAUCUGCAGGGGUCAUCCGCAUUGGCAUGUACUUGGGGGCGAACGAGCCCGAGAAGGCCCACCAAUUAGCCCGUCUACUUGCGACGUGCAUCUGCUGCAUCUCAGUGGGCAUUGCGACUGUACUCAUGAUCAAUCGGAACGUCGUCGGGCACUUGUACUCGGAAGACCCUCGAGUAUGGGCGUCGAUGACCAGCAUUUGCACGUUGGCUGCGUCUGGAUAUGUCAUCUUGUCGGUGUUUUACUCGUCCAUGGUACAGUCAGUCCCCUUCGUCGCCUCCAUGAUGGAAAGUGCCAUGUGA